AGCGUCUGGUGGCCGUGGCGCGAGGGCUCCUUCGGCGCAGUUGGCGUCAUGGCAGAAGCAACAGAACCCACUCACUUUCUUGAUGUCUGCAGACAGAAAUUUUCAGAAUUCAUGUUCAAUGCUGAACAUAAAUGUUUGAUCUGGUUGCGGGAAAUUGAAGAGGAGGCCAUGAAGAUGUUUGAUAGCAACCUUCAUGCUGAGCCUGCGCUGAUGCCCAAAACACCGUCACAGAGGAAGCAUCGGAAGAAGAAGCGAUCUUCAUCUUUUAAGGAUGAUAAUAAAGAACUGACUAGAAAAAGACUGUCAAAAAGACGAAGUGGUGUUAAGCCGGCAUCCUUUAUUGAGCUUUCCCUGAGCAAAGAAGAUUUGGAGAUAGCAGCAUUCUGUCAAACACACUUUGUUACAAAAGAAACUUCAGACACACAGUGUGACAAGACAGUUAUGCAUCCAGUGGAAGAAAGAGAACUUGGUGUUGACUCUAACAAAAAUAUUGAAGGAGAAAUGGAUGAAGAAGUAAGCAACAGCAACGUGUGCCCAGAUGGCCAUUUUCUUGACAGGGUUGGAGCUUCUGAAGUUGCAGGUGUAUCAGAUGUCUCUGCAGUGGUGCUGCCAAAUCCCCUUGAUCCAACAAGGACUGGAAAAGAUUGGGACGCAUUCAGACUGAGUACAUCUACUCCCAAACUAUCUUUAAGUAGGAAGCCUGCAGGUGGAGAAGAGAGGUUCUUAGUCCAACAAGUAGAUUAUAAUGUGGUGCAAGAGGGAGCUUUGUCUCAAGAUGUAAAGGACAGCAGUGGCACCUCUGGGGGCUCUCAACCAGGCCACCGCUCUUCUAAUAGACCCCACAAGAAAAAGAGGGUGUCACUUGUAGAGAAAUACUCGCUAACCAGCAAAAGGAAAAGCAUGAUUCGAAAAUCCAUCAGCAAAUCAAUUGCCAAGAAGAAAGCAGCUCGGAACUCUUCAUCUGCCUCUAGUCGAGUAAGCUGCCGUAGUUCCAUUGAAAUGUUUAUGGAUGGUGAAACCAGUAAAAAUGGGCCUUCCUUGCUACAGAAUGCUCAGUCUGAUGAGGAAAUGAAGAUGCUACAAAAAACACCCUGCACUCUGGAUGUACCUGUUCUGGUUGGUAUUUGUGCUGCAGAAAAUUCAGAUCACUCUGAGAUGGAGAAGGGGAAAGUAUGCAGUGAAGAAAGCUCUGCUGUUAAGAUGACUGGAUCCCAGGAUGGUGGGUCUGAAAUCCAGAGCAGCCAGCCACGUGAACAGGAUAUAAGGAGACAAAGUUACAAACAAGCACUGGAUGAGCUGCCUUCUGCCCAGCCUACAAAAGCUGAAGACCCUUCAUCUUCUAGUCCUAAAACCUUCCCUAAUCCUGCAAACAAAGCACUGCCCCCUUCUGGUCCAGCCAGGAUUGCACGACCUUUCAAAAACUUCUUUCAGACAAUGCAAAAAAGCCACUUGCUCAAACCCCCUGGAUCUCCAGGGCCCAGCAGCAUUAUGAAAAGUUUUGUCAAACACACCACUUCUGCCACUAAACCUGAUACCAAGGAAAGGGAACGACAACGACUGGAGAGUCUGCGGAAAAAACAAGAAGCCGAGCAACAGAGAAAACAGAAAGUGGAGGAAGAAAAGAAACGAAGGUUGGAAGAGAUGAAAUUAAAGCGUGAAGAACGGUUAAGAAAGGCAUUGCAAGCUCGAGAACGAGUGGAGCAGAUGGAAGAGGAAAAAAGGAAACGAAUGGAACAGAAAUUCUCUCAACAUGAGGAAAGGAGUGAGAAAGUGCGAGAAGAAAAAAUGGCAGAAGAAAAGACAAAGAAAAAAGUGUCUAUGAAGAAAAUGUGGGAUACAGAAGCCCGAAAACAGAAAACACUGCCGAUGGAAGAGGAGCAAAAGCUUCAAGAGCCAGAAAAAUGGAAGACAGUUGGGGAAAUUAAGAAAAUGCUAGAGCAUAAUAAUGCAAAACAGACAAAAGAAAGGCAGCAUGGGCAGCAAGACAAAGAGAAAUGGGUAAAACAGCUGGAACUGGCAGUGGUUACAGAAGAGGAAGAAAAUCAUAAGCAGGAGGAAAAGAGUCCUGCCAAUCUAGAGCUGCUGCCUCAGGAGAAGAAAGCCAAGCAUGUUGAAGCAGUUCCUGCUGCCAGUAAAUGGCUGAAUAUAACCGCUCAGAAAUCUCCUAUCAGUGCCUGCAACCAUGUAAAUCCCCAGGGCCUGAAAGAUUCCAAGUCCCUCAAAGUCAACCCAAAUGACUAUGGAAUGGAUUUGAAUAGUGAUGACUCCACUGAUGAUGAAAGCCAGCCCCGCAGACCAAUCCCUUCAUGGGCCACUGGUCUUCAGCUUAAUGAAGCUGUCACAUAUCAAUACUACAACCCUCCAGACAUUGAUACAUUUUUUGGACAAAUCUUGAGCCCUAAACUAGAAAAUAUCUUCUACAAGAGCAAACCAAGAUAUUUCAAGCGCACUAGUUCUGCUGUCUGGCAGUCACCACCUUUACCGGGUACCAAAACAGUCUUGUGUGCAUCCAGUAGCGUGAAAAAAUACUGAGUCUGAGA